AAGACCGUGGAGUUCUUAUAAGUUCUGAGGGCUCCUGAAGGGUAGGAGGCAGUUCAGCUUGCCCCUGGGGUAACUUGAACUGCAGGUUUCAGGUGACACCAGCAGCCUCAGCAUCAAUAAUUGAGAGCAAGUCCAGCCUGCCUCAGGAUUCUACCCCUACCCUCCAAGGACUGCCCCCUCCUGUCCUAUGCUCUGAUCUUCCUCAAGCAGGAGCCUCCAGCCCAGGACCCCUACCAGGACCAGGUAGGGACCAUGUCUCCUGCCAUUGCACUAGCCUUCCUGCCACUGGUGGUGACAUUGCUGGUGCGGUACCGGCACCAUUUCCGACUUCUGGUGCACACGGUCUUGCUGCGGAGCCUCCGAGACUACCUGUCAGGGCUGCGGAUUGAGGAACGGGCCUUCAGCUAUGUGCUCACCCACGCCCUGCCGGGGGACCCUAGUCAAAUCCUCACCACCCUGGACCACUGGAGCAGUCACUGCGAGUACCUGAGCCACAUGGGGCCUGUCAAAGGUCAGAUCCUGAUACGAAUGGUGGAAGAGAAGGCCCCUGCUUGUGUGCUGGAGCUGGGUACCUACUGCGGAUACUCCACACUGCUUAUUGCCCGUGCCCUGCCCCCUGGGAGUCGCCUUCUCACUGUAGAGCGGGACCCACGCACAGCAGUGGUGGCUGAAAAACUCAUCCGCUUGGCUGGCUUCGACGAGCGCACGGUGGAGCUCAUCGUGGGUAGCUCAGAGGAGGUGAUCCCGCGCCUACGAACCCAGUACCAGCUGAGUCGGGCAGAUUUGGUACUCCUGGCACACCGGCCCCGAUGUUACCUGCGGGACCUGCAGCUUCUGGAGGCUCAUGCUCUGCUGCCAGCUGGUGCCACUGUGUUGGCUGACCAUGUGCUCUUCCCUGGUGCUCCCCGCUUCCUGCAGUACGCCAAGAGCUGUGGCCGCUAUCGCUGCCGAAUCCAUCAUACUGGCCUCCCAGACUUUCCUGCCAUUAAGGACGGUAUAGCCCAGCUCACCUACGCAGGACCUGGCUGAGGUCUAGGGGUACUUACUGCUGCCCUACCUCACCCCCACCCAAGCAAGGACCUCAGAACAUCCCUUCCCCUCCCUGCUUGUGGCCUGACACAUGCUGGGCUCGGGGAGACUCUCCUCCUACCUCUGCCUCACUCACCUGAGGCAUCAAGUUCUGUCAGACUGCUUGGUCCCACUGAUCCCCCUUCUUCCAGAAAAAGCCAUGAACUGACAGGCAAAGGCCUGAGCUCCCACCCCAGCUCUGUCACUGAUUUGCUGGGUGGCUCCAGGGGAGUCCCUGCCCUGCUGAGACUUAAUCUGCUCUCUUAACACCAACAAAACUGGCUGGGAGAGCUCUAGAGGCUUCCCAGCUCUAGACCUCAGAAAGCCUGCCCUCCCCAGCCCAUGCCAUUGUGGACAUGAUGAAAAGAAACAGUAAACUCUGAGUUAGAAGCCCUGCAGGAACGGCUGGUGCAAUCUGGGCCAGAGGAGAAGGCAGUGAAGCCUGGGCCCUGGCCUUCCCUAGCCCUGGCCCACAUGGCCAGGUAGGUUUGCCCGAA